AACUCCUAUUUGAAAAAGGACAAAAUAAGGAGUUUAAUGGCAGUGUGGUCAUUUGUCGCCACCUAGUGGUCAGACAAACGAAUGGCCAGUAUUAGCGGUGUAAUCUUUUUAUCUUCUGAGGGCUUUUCAGCUGAGGCUACUUCAAGGGUUUUUCUCAGGAAGAUGCGGACUUGUUUGAUGAGAUCUUGUAGACUAGUUUGUUUAGCAUUGGUCGCCCCUUUUUAUUUGCUGCAGUUCAUUGGACUGCGCAGUUUAUACAAACGCGUAUUCCCCUUCCUCGCAAACACGAUAACAAUUACUUACAAUGACAAAAUGCACGAUUUCAAGAGGGAACUCUUUCGAAACCUCGCGAGGUUCGCGAACGCAGACGGUUCGCUUCGGUUGCUGGAGAUCGGCUGUGGCAGCGGAGCAAACUUUAGGUAUUACCCGUACGGCUGCGCGGUGAUCUGCACUGAACCCAACCCGCACAUGGAGCCGUACCUGCGUUUGAGCAUGGACGCAAAUCAGCACCUGACUUAUGAGGAGGUUUUAGUUCUUCCAGGUGAGGACCUGAGGGACGUUCGGGACGAAUCGGUGGACGUUGUGGUCUGCACGCUGGUGCUGUGCUCUGUGAACGAUGUGGGAAGAGUCCUGCAGGAGGCCCGACGCGUUCUCAGACGUGGAGGAGCUUUGUAUUUUCUGGAGCAUGUGGUCUCUGAUCCCUCCACGUGGACAUACUUCUGUCAGUAUGUGUUUGAGCCUCUGUGGUACCUCCUGGGGGAUGGCUGCACAGUUACCAGGGCAACAUGGAGAAACCUGGAGGCGGCUGGCUUUGCUGAACUUCACCUAAGACAUAUAGAGGCUCAAGAAGUUUCUUUAAUGAUUAGGCCACAUAUUAUGGGAUAUUCAAUUAAAUGAAACUUAUAUGAACCCUUUUCUUGGUUCUAUACUUAAUAUAUUAAUUUCU